AUGAUUACCACGAAACCGACCACCUGCAAAGAGGCGAUCCGACAGUGGGAGGAAGAGAAUGGCCAAGAAGCUUCCUCCGCGAAGGAAGUGAUUCUGAGCUUCCAAUGGCCACCCAUAGAAAAGAUGGACAACGCUUUGUCGACCUUGGUCAAUUGCGAGAAGCUGUCGUUGUCGACGAACAUGAUCGAGAAAAUUGCCGGAGUCGGAACGCUGAAGAACCUAAAGAUCCUCUCGUUAGGCCGUAACUUGAUUAAAGGAUUCUCCGGCUUAGAGGCGUUGGGCGACACUCUGGAGGAACUUUGGAUCUCGUACAAUCUCAUCGAGAAAACGAAGGGAAUCAACGCGAUGAGGAAUCUUCGUGUGCUCUACAUGUCGAACAAUUUGGUUAGAGAGUGGAACGAGUUUAGCAAACUUCAGGAGCUCGCCAACCUCAGAGAUUUGGUUUUCGUCGGAAAUCCGCUCUACGAGAGCUCAGAGGUGGAAAAUUGGAGAUCGGAAGUGGCUAAACGCCUGCCAGUUUUGGAAAAAUUAGACGGUGAACCGAUUAUUCGAACGGAGGAGUGUUCGAAUGUGCAGAAGCUUGAUAGUCCUGUGCAGUCUCAGAAAUCAGUGGAGUAA